CCUGCUUGUGACUUUCCUUUCCAUGACACAUGUCUCAAUGCAAUAACCGUACGAAGGGUAUCCCACAAAGAACAUAAUCCCGAAGCAGCAAGGUUCUUUAUUCAAUGUUUUGCACGAUCCGCAAAACGUCGAGUCCAAAGCCAGCACCAUAGACGAUUCUGAGCCAACCAUUCUCUCACGACCUUCAACUACACGGUUCCAACCACUUACGCGUAGAUAUCGCCAUCGCCCACGCGCAACUAUCUCCUCUACAACGCUGUAUCAUCCGCUCUAGCCUCUCUUAUUAAUCUUCAGCUGCCGAAAUCGAUUCACCGCAUAUUUUGGCCACAUGCGGUCGCGCUUCUGAUCACUUGAGCAACCUAGUUGACGUUAGAACGACUACCUUACUCAGAUCCUACUCCGAGGUAAGCUACUGCUGCAUAAGGCUCUCAUGGACAGAAACCAGUCCUUCUGCUCUUUUAUUUACAUGCUCUGGAAUCAACACAAUUCCCAUGGCUGACGGUUUAGUUUUAAAAGGAGGAAGUCUUCUUCGAAGGGUCUCAUUCGGGGUCUCUUCAUCCACUGUCCACACCCGUACUAUAUUCGAGAUGUCGGAACCUAUACCCAUACCAGGCUCUGAGCAGGCCAUAGACAGCGGCAGAUUAUCUCCAGAGUUGGCACGCGUUCAAAGUGCUUCAACGGGCUCCUCGCCGCCUGAUGGAAGCAAAACACCUGUCAUGUCCUCGUCAACUCCCGGAAGCCCGCGACUCUCACGAAACCCGUCCUUCUCAGGAAGCUCAUCAUAUCAAGAGGAUUGGGAAGCAUUUCCCCCACUUGAGAGACUUACAGUCUUUGAUUUACUAGACAAUUUCGCACUUCCUCAACAGUUAGAAAAGCUUCAACGCAACAUAUCAGCACAAACCGACAAGGUUCGAAAGCAACGAGAUGCUUUGAAAACGCGGGGCUCGUAUGCCAAAGAUCGUGUGGUGGAACAAUGGAGGAGACGUGUGCCAACGGCAGACGAGCAGUUGGACAGGUACAGAAAGAAGAUGCGCGAGAAUGUCGACAGGCUAGGAAGACGUUGGAAUGAUACCAAGCUCGUCACGGCUCGAGAGAAGAUCGCAUUCAUUUGCGGUGUGUUGAACGUUCUCAUCAGCGGAUAUCUGAUCGGAGGGUACCCCGAAUUCUUCCACUACUGGUACACGGCUCAACUUCUCUACUUCAUGCCCAUCCGAUACUACACCUAUCACAAACGAGGCUACCAUUACUUCCUAGCAGACCUCUGCUACUUUGUCAACUUCAUGUGCGUCUUGACAAUAUGGUUCUUCCCGAACUCCAAACGCCUAUUCAUCAGCACCUACUGCCUGGCAUUCGGAAACAAUGCCAUCGCCAUUGCCAUGUGGAGGAAUAGCAUGGUCUUCCACAGCUUCGACAAAGUCACCAGUCUAUUCAUCCACAUCAUGCCCUGCGUGACACUGCAUUGCUUGGUCCAUCUCAUCACACCAGCCCACCAACACGAUCGAUUCCCAGCAAUCUGGACGAUCAAGACCUCACCACCAGGUUCGAAGACACAUUACGGCUUGCUGGCAAUGACACUCUGGUCCACCAUUCCUUACGCAAUCUGGCAACUCUCCUACCAUUUCCUCAUCACUGUCCGGCGCCGCGAGAAGAUCGCAGCGGGGCGUCCAACAUCCUUCACAUGGCUGCGAAAGUCCUAUUCCAAAGCCUGGAUUGGCAAGCUCGUGCUGUCCCUCCCUAAUUCUCUCCAGGAACCGGCAUUCAUGAUGAUCCAGUACUCAUACGCCGUGGCCACUAUGCUGCCAUGCCCUAUAUGGUUCUGGUACCGUUACGCAUCAGCCACUUUCCUGAUGGCGGUAUUCUGCUGGUCGGUGUACAAUGGUGCGACGUACUAUAUUGACGUGUUUGGGAAGCGCUUUCAAAACGAGUUGGAGGCUAUGAAGAAGGAGGUCUUGAAGUGGCAGAAUAGUCCGGACAUGAUCACCUCGCCGCUGAUGACGCCGAGGCCGGAUGGAGGUGCCGAGCUGGGUGCUGUACUGGAGGGUGACGGUGGGGAUAAAGGCCAUUCCCGGAGCAGGAGUAUUGAUAGAAUACCUCUCUUGAACGACCAAGGAGGCAGUUCGGGCAUGGACAUGGAUGGAGGAGCGAGGGACGUGGCACGCGAGCGGAAGAUUGGAGACCUGCCUCAAUGAUUCUGGAGCUUUUCUCUAUCUCUUAUUUUGGGUUUAAACUUUCUCAGUAUCAAGCUCCUUCUGAAUGAAAUGUCAGGGGGCAGCUAGAGUAUAUUCCCUUACAAGGAGCGAAUUGUGGUUUGGCAAUGGUUUAUGACAGUAUAUUGCGUUGGGUCUGGUUUGGUUUCGGCAUCGAGAAUGGAAGGCAGGGAAAGUUGGAGGAUAUACCACGGCGCCAUCGUUUGUUUCGCUUAGUCUGUUUUGAUGAGGCAUGAAUGAAUAGUAGUCCAUCAGUUUCAAGAUAUUAUGAUAAUACCCCA